UAUUGUGGUGGGGGUAGUAGUAAGAAGACCAUUAGAUCCAGGAGAACCCAUGUUUCGUUUUUGGAAAAGAUAAAAGAGCUCUAAAGUUUUCGACUUUUUAGGUCUGCUUGAUUCAUGAAACCCUCUCUGUUAUUGUCCUUCCUCUUCAGUUUCACCUGAUCCUCUGUUUUUUUGUUUUUUGGAUAAAGUUUUGAGCUUUGUGUCUGUCUCUUUUGGGGAAGGAACAAAAAAGGGCUGAUCUUUGGGGGGUUUCUAAUUUAGGGUCUGUGUCUCUCUGGUCUUUCUUGUUCGGUGAGAUCAAGAGCUUAUAGAGAGAUCUUCCCCAUCAGAUAACAGAGGAUCCAUCGCCUUAGAUCCGUCAGAUCUGUUCAGCAGAGGUACUCACUUCUCCUUGAUUCGCUGCUCUUUUGGCCAGGCUAGUGUGUAAAACGACGGCGUUUAGGGUUUACCGAGUUGGAUGUAUAGUAGUAUUAUCACCAAAGAUCAUCAGACCAUGACUUAGAGAAGAAAGGAGUAGAAGAAGAUGAAGGUUUGUGUAGCCGUCAAGGUGUUGUGGUGGAAGUAAAAGCAUAAAAGAGGAGCUCAUGGAAGAGAUUUCACCAGCAGUUGCACUGACUUUUAGCUUAGCCAACACGAUUUGUGACUCAGGAAUCUCAUCGGCCUUAGAUAUCACCGAGAUGAAGAACGUCACUGAUGCAGUCGACAUGUUGUCCCAUCAGAAAGAUCAAAGUUACAGCAGUAACAGAGAGGUUGAGUAUACGAUGAUGGAGGAAGAUGUUUCAGAAGACAAAACACUACCUGAAGCUAGAUCCUUGUCUUCUGAUUUUAGCGUAGCUGUCCAAGAAUCAGAAGAAGAUGAGGUAUUAGUAUCUGAUGAGGCGACUGUUAUAAGCGAGGGUUUGAUAGUUGUGGACGCUAGGUCUGAGAUAACUCUGCUGCCAGACACAGUCGAAAUAGAUAACGGGAGGGUUCUCGCUACUGCGAUCAUCGUAAACGAGACGACCAUAGAUCAGGUUCCAACAGCUGAAGUCCUUAUCACGAGUCUGAAUCACGAUGUGAGUAUGGAAGCGACAACAGCUUCGGAGGUGGUCAUUAGGUUGCCUGAAGAAGCUCAGAACGUUGGUGCGAGAGGAAGCAGGAGUGUCUAUGAGCUAGAAUGUAUACCUCUCUGGGGCACUGUUUCGAUCUGCGGUGGGAGAUCUGAAAUGGAGGAUGCUGUUAGUGCUUUGCCUCAUUUUCUGAAAAUACCAAUUAAAAUGCUUAUGGGAGAUCAUGAAGGGAUGAGUCCAAGUCUCACACACCUCACUAGUCACUUCUUUGGUGUAUAUGAUGGUCAUGGAGGCCCUCAGGUUGCUGACUAUUGUCAUGAUAGGAUCCAUUUUGCUUUGGCUGAAGAGAUCGAACGGAUUAAAGAAGAACUGUGCGAGAGGAACACUGGGGAGGGUAGGCAGGUUCAGUGGGAGAAAGUUUUUACCGAAUGCUAUCUAAAGGUUGAUAAUGAAGUUAAAGGGAAAAUCAGCAGACCUGUUGUUGGUGAUGAUAAGAUGGUUCUUGAGGCUGUUUCCCCUGAAACCGUGGGAUCAACUGCUGUGGUUGCUCUGGUUUGCUCAUCACAUAUAAUAGUCUCAAACUGUGGUGAUUCAAGAGCCGUCCUACUCCGUGGCAAAGACUCCAUGCCUUUAUCUGUUGAUCACAAACCAGAUAGAGAGGAUGAGUAUGCAAGAAUAGAGAGAGCUGGAGGGAAAGUUAUACAAUGGCAAGGUGCACGUGUUUCCGGCGUUCUUGCCAUGUCAAGAUCCAUCGGAGAUGAAUAUCUGGAGCCGUAUGUGAUACCAGAUCCUGAAGUGACGUUUAUGCCACGAGCAAGAGAAGACGAGUGUCUUAUACUGGCCAGUGAUGGACUAUGGGACGUGAUAAGUAACCAAGAUGCUUGUGACUUUGCGAGGAAAAGGAUCUUAUGGUGGCACAAGAAGAAUGGAGCGUUGCCUUUAGCUGAGAGAGGUGUAGGGGAAGACCAAGCUUGCCAAGCUGCAGCUGAUUAUCUCUCCAAACUCGCUAUUCAGAAGGGAAGCAAAGACAACAUCUCUAUCAUAGUGGUCGACCUGAAAGCUCAGAGAAAGUUCAAGACCAGAUCUUGAAAAAACAGUGUACGCUCCCAGCUCUUCUUACAAUACUUUAUAAUUUUUAUUUUUAUUUUUUUAAUUUCCACAAGUUUUACAUAAAAAAAAAUAAGAAGUGAAAAUGUUGAAGAGAAGAAGAACUUAAGAGACCUUGAUGAUAUGGUGAUGAUAGCUAAAGUCCAUCCCUUUUUCUGAUGGACUUGAAUGUGUAUGUUUGUUAUGUAUAAGAAGAAUAGAAGAAAUGUUUUUUUCCUCUGGUCUUAUAAAAUGUAGAUGGUUGUUGUGUGAUAUUUGAGAUGUGGCUUAAGGAAAGAUGUAAUUGGAAUUUAUCUCAAACUGACCUUACUACUUUAUGUAAUGCCAUCUUCUUUUAUGUA